UUUGUUUUUAUAUAAAUCCAUCUUCAUCCCUAUAUCCCCCUCUCUCCAUUCUCCGCGUCUUUAACUCUUCAACUUCUCAUUCUAUCUGGGGCUAUACGAUUGUGCCUUUGAGAAAAAGUUGUUGAUCAAUACUUUUAACUUCCCUCUACAAAAAGAAGUUGAAAGAAUCGCAAUCAUGGGGUUGUUCAAUAAGAAGAAGGAGACUACAGAGUCAGCGGUUAUCUCUGACAAAAACCUCAGCAGUGCAGAGGGAACACCAGCCGCACACACACCAGCCGAUACUCCUCGUGUCGCUAGAUCCUUGAAUGGUUCUGCACCAGAACAUCAUGAUAUCUCACCUGAAGAAGCACUCGAUGACCUUCCAGCUACUAAAUUGGCCAUUACUCUUGGUGCUAUCGCAUCUAUUGGUGGUUUCAUGUUUGGUUAUGAAUCUGGUCAAAUUUCCGGUUUCGUACAAAUGUCCGAUUUCUUAGCUCGAUUCGGUGAAAAUGGUGAACUCUCUGCUGUCCGUCAAGGAACCAUUGUCGCUAUUCUCUGUGCCGGUACUCUCGUUGGAUGUCUUGGAUCUUCUUACCUCUGCGAUAAAAUCGGUCGUCGUUACACCAUCUCCAGUUCCGCAUUCUUUUAUAUUAUUGGUGUUAUUAUCGAAAUUACUUCCACUACUCACUGGGUUCAAUUUGCUAUGGGAAGAUUCACUGCUGGUUUGGGUAUUGGUGCUUUGAGUACUAGUGUUCCUAUGUACCAAUCUGAGUCUGUGCCUAAGAAUAUUCGUGGUGCCGUCGUUUCCAGUUAUCAAUUGUUGAUUACUCUCGGUAUCUGGACUGCUUAUAUGAUCAAUUACGGAACUCACUCUACCUAUACCAACAGUGCUCAAUGGCGUAUUCCUAACGGUCUUUCCGCACUCUGGGCCAUUACCCUCGGUACCGCUGUCCUCUUCAUGCCUGAAUCCCCUCGUUUCGCAUAUCGUAUUGGACGUGAAGAUGAAGCUCGUAAAAACAUGGCUCUCCUUAAUGGUGUCGACCCUUACUCCCCACUCAUCGAUGCCGAAAUUCUCGAAAUCGAAACUAAGCUCGCAGCCGAGAGAGAAGGUGGUGAUCACCCAUGGUACGAAAUUUUCACUGGACCAAGAAUGUUGUACCGUACACUUCUCGGAAUGGUUCUUCAAGCUGGUCAACAAUUGACUGGUGCCAACUUCUUCUUUUACUACGGUACUACCAUUUUCAAGUCUGGUGGUAUCUCCGAUUCUUAUGUUACAUCUAUCAUCCUUGGUUCUGUCAACGUCGUUGCUACCAUUGGUGGUCUCUGGAUUGUUAAGAAUUGUGGUCGUAGAAAGGCUCUUAUGGUUGGUGCUGCAGAGAUGUUCGUUUGUAUGUUGAUCUACUCCUUCGUCGGUCACUUCAAGAUUCAAGGACAAGCCGAUGCUAAAGCUCCUGGUGCCGUUCUCAUCUGUUUCACCUGUAUCUACAUUGUUGGAUUCGCUACCACUUGGGGACCAUUGGUUUGGGCUAUUGUCGGAGAAUUAUACCCAGCCCGUUACAGAGCUUCCUGUAUGGCUCUCGCUACCGCAUCCAACUGGCUCUUCAACUUCCUCAUCUCUUUCUUCACCACUUUCAUCACCAACGAUAUCGAUUAUUACUAUGGUCUCGUUUUCGCUGGUUCUCUCUUUGCUCUCUUCUGGAUUGUAUUCUUCUUCGUCAUUGAGACCAAGGAUCGUUCUUUGGAAGAAAUUGAUACCAUGUACGUUCUUCACGUUAACCCAUUGACAUCCGCUAGCUGGGACCCCAAGUCACUUGGUGCUGAAGGUGUCAAUGGUGUUGAUACUGAUCGUAUGUUCUUGACCAAGGGUGGAAAGGAUAUUAAGAAGAGUGAAAUGGCUGGACGACCAAUGCUGGAACAUGAUGAGAGAAUGUUCCCAGAGACUGCUCCUGGAGGAGCUGCUGCUCAUGAAAACAAACCUGAGAUUAUGAACGCUUAAUUAUUUGCUUAGCUUCAUACUAGGAAUGAUUAAAUAGGAGAAGGGUGAAUGAGUAUAUGUCAAUCUGAUAUGAAUAAAAGGGGAUAAGAGCAGUGGAUGAUAAAUGAGUGGAUUUAAGUAAUGCAUGCAUAUAUUGGCGUUUGGGAAGCAGCAUCGUCUGUACGGGUAUUAUGUAUGAUAAUGUCGUUGAGCGAGAUGUAUAUAGUUAAUCAUUGGAGGAAAUUAUGUUUAUGAGCAUAUUAAGGAAAUAAAUUUCAUGAACCUCAC